AUGGCGUUCAACCCGCUCGCCGUGGAGCUGCCGACGAAGCUCGAUUUCCGCAAGCCCGAGGAUUGGACACGAUGGCAUCGCAGGUGGGAACGCUACCGUCUCAUCUCCGGUCUGACGGGCCAGGACGAGACGACGCAAAUCAACACGUUACUCUACGCCAUGGGGGAAGAAGCGGAAGACGUGCUCACCGCCUUGAAAUUAACAGACGAACAGACGUCAUCAUACGCUGCCGUGGUGAGUGCUUUCGAAAAGCAUUUCCUGCCCCGAAAGAACGUCAUCUAUGAGAGAGCGCGGUUCAACUCUCGGAAACAAGAGCCGCACGAAAAUGUCGACACGUUCGCGACCGAGCUGUUCAAGAUGGCUGAAAGAUGCGAUUACGGAACUCUCAAAGACGAAUUGAUACGGGACAGGCUCGUAGUAGGCCUACGAGAUGUGAAACUCAGUGAGAGGCUGCAACUUGACCCCGAACUCACGCUCGAGAAGGCGAUCACAGCUGCCCGCAAUUCAGAGAGCGUGAAGCAGCAACACAAAGAAAUGCGCUCCAUCGGACAGUCUACUCUCGACGUCGGCGAACUACACGGCCAGGCAAACUCAAAAAAUCGUCGGAAUGAAACGAAGGCGCCCUCCAGGUCACGCCCGCAACGCAUGGGCAAGAAGGGAGACGAACGCUGCAAGUGGUGUGGAAAUGUGCGCGACCACACGAAGGUACAGUGCCCCGCGGCGAACAAGACUUGCAACCAUUGCGGGAAAAAGGGCCACUAUGCGUGUGUGUGCCUCUCAAAGCCGAAGGACGAUUUUCCGAGCUCCCGAGAACGGCCUAAAGGACUAGAAGAGCUAUAUUUAGGUGAAAUGACUGUGGAAGCAAAUACGCCGUGGCGGAUUACUGCCACUCUGAACAAGUCGCCUUUCACCUUCAAGGUCGACACCGGCGCGGACGUGACUGCGAUCGCACAUGACCAGUACGACAGCAACGUCAUGGGACCCAUCAAGCCAACGCAACAGCUGUUGAUAGGCCCAGGUCAGACGACGAUAGCCACUGUUGGAUACGUCGAUGCGACAGUAGCCUGGCGCAACACUGAAAUCCAAGAAACAGUCUUCAUCAUUAAAGGACUCAAAGAAGCGCUGCUUAGUCGACCAGCUAUAGAAGCACUCGGGAUUCUUCAACGCCCUCUCGAGUUAGCCGAAACUCGCGCACAAGCAACGGAUGUUCCGGACUUUUUGGCAUCUUACCCUAGGCUAACUUCCGGGCUGGGAUUCAUGAAGACAGAGUACCGCAUCAAAGUCAGAAAUGAUGCCAAGCCAUACGCAGUCACCUACCCCAGGCGCGUGCCACUUCCACUGCUUCCACUCGUGAAGAAAGAGCUGAAAAGGAUGGAGGACAUGAGAGUCGUCCAGAAGAUUGAGCAUGCGACCGAAUGGUGUUUCCCAAUGGUUGUUGCACGUAAGAAGAACGAUGAGCUGCGCAUCUGCGUUGACUAUGGCCAGCUGAAUCAACAAAUAUUACGUGAACGCGUGCUUAUGCCUACAGUGGAUGAGUGUCUCGCAAAACUUGCUGGUGCAACCGUUUUCAGCCGCCUAGACGCACGAGCAGGAUACUGGCAGGUUCCCCUGGCCAAGGACUCUCGUGAAUACACCACCUUCAUCACACCAGUUGGGAGGUUCCAGUUCCUGAGGCUUCCUUUUGGGAUCUCCACGGCACCGGAGUUCUACCAACGAGAGAUGCUCCGCAUACUCGAAGGACUAGACGGUGUGAGCUGUCUGCAAGACGACAUCAUAAUCUCAGGAAAGACAACUGAGGAACAUGACACCAACCUACGGCUGGUGCUGAAGAAGCUGGAAGAUGCAGGUGUUACUCUCAACACCGACAAGUGCUCUUUUCGCCAAACGCAAGUAACUUUCUUAGGACACGUCGUAUCUGCAGCAGGAAUCAGCGCCGACCCAGGAAAGGUCAGGGCCAUAACCCAGCUCGACCCACCACGUGAUGCGUCAGAAGUCAGGUCUUUGCUGGGCUCUGCAAACCAUCUGGCGAAAUUCCUCCCAGACCUAGCGGACUUUACGAAGCCUCUCAGAGACUUGCUACACCAAGACGCUGAAUGGCACUGGGGUCCAGUUCAACAGCAGAGUUUUGACAGACUCAAGCAAGCUUUAAGCAGGACACCGAUUCUCACUCACUACGAUGCUCAGCUGCCUCAUACAGUGUCUGUGGACGCCUCCUCAUAUGGUCUUGGGGCGGUACUACUACAGCAGUCGCAACAAAGACUCUUACCGGUGGCAUAUGCAUCACGCUCCCUCACAGACACUGAGCAACGAUAUGCCCAAAUCGAAAAGGAGGCUCUGGCCAUCACAUGGGCUUGCGAACAUUUCCGCAAGUACCUGUUAGGAUCAACCUUUCAUGUGGAGACAGACCACAAGCCCCUAGUGCCGCUACUGACGACCAAACGUCUCGAUGAGCUAAGUCCUCGCCUCCAACGUUUUAGGAUGCGUCUUUUGGAGUACGACUACACCAUGUCCCACACUCCUGGCAACAAACUCUACACAGCGGAUCUUCUCUCACGGAAGCCGUUAAAAGAGCCAGCCAACGAAGAUGAGAGAAAGCUCGAGGCUGCGGUGCACGAGUUCGAAGAGUUGGUGCUUGAACAGCUCCCUGCUUCAAAUCACCUGCUCAACAGAAUCAGAACCAGCAUCCAGACAGACAAAACACUCUCCAAGAUAGCCACUUUCUGCACGACGUCUUGGCCAACGGUGCAUGGGCUGUCCCCUGACCUGAAACGCUAUGUCGAGGUGGCGAGUGAAAUUUCACUCGUUGAUGGAUUGCUCUUCAAAGGUGACAGAAUAAUCAUCCCACCAGACAUGAGGGUCGAAGUUCUCGAAAAACUCCAUGCAGGCCACUUGGGCACAACAAGGUGUCGAGCAAGGGCAAGAGAAAGUGUAUGGUGGCCAAGCAUAGGGAAGCAUAUCGAAGACUUCGUGGACAGAUGUCCAACCUGUCAGGAGCACAGAAAGCCAGGAACCGAGCCCCUGCUUCUAACUCCAUUGCCCGCCCACCCUUGGGAAACGGUCGGCAUCGAUCUCUUCACGCUGGAGGGGAAGGAGUAUGUCGUGGUAGUGGAUUACUACUCCCGAUUUAUCGAGCUGGAGCAGCUGAAGAGAACAACUACAAAAGACAUCGCCCAAGUCCUGGAACCAAUAUUUGCACGAUUUGGUGUUCCGACGACAAUACGCACAGACAAUGGCCCGCAGUUCACUUCUGCGGAAUUCAAGGAACUGGUGCAGCGCUGGGGAGCCACGCACACGACCUCAAGCCCUUACUAUGCACAGAGCAACGGUAUGGCUGAGAGAGCCGUGCAGACAGCAAAGCAGCUUCUGAGGAAGACCUCGAACAUAAACGAAGCCCUGCUUGCCUACAGAGCCUCACCUGGCGUGGAAGGGUUUUCACCGGGAGAACUACUAAUGGGCCGUCGCCUAAACACCACAAUACCAACCACUCCGAGAAUGCUAGCCCCAAAGUGGGAUGACAGCGAGUUCAGAAAAAAGAACGAAGCCUAUAGAGUGCAAGUAAAAGCAACAUACGACACCCGGCACAAGGCACAGAGCCGAGGACGCUUAUCACCGGGCACAGCUGUACGCAUCUUCACUGGAGCUGCAUCACAUGGCGUGGUAACACAGUCAGCGCCGCAACCAAGGGCCUACAUUGUGCAAACUGACAGAGGGCCUGCAAGACGCACGGCAAGGCACCUGCAACCUCUGCGAGGCGUGAGCUCCACAAGAAGUGGGCGUGUUUGCAAGAAACCAGACCGCCUGGACUUGUAG